UUAGUGUUGGCUGUGAUUUAUUUUCCAGUGUGUGUUUGAGAGCUGCAGUUCCUCAGGUGGCCGCUGUGCCUCCUCCCGGCCGGCAGGGGGCGACAGAGCAGCGCAGACCGAGCAGAGCGUCAGUCUGUUUACAUGUAGCUGAGCUAGCUUUAGGCUCUGCUGAGCCGUAAAGUGCAGGUCAGUGUUGGUCUGAGAGGUCAAAGGUCAACAUGGUCAAACAGCAGCAGAGAGCAGACAGCAGUCUCUGUUCUCCCUGCAGGUGUUUUGUUCCUGCUGCAGUGAACAGUGUGACCCGGGUUCGAUUCCCCGUCGGCCCCGUACAGCAGAGGCAGCCUCUGACUCAGGUUUCAGGCAGGAAGUGGGCGGGGCCAGGAAGCUGCGGCAGUGGGCCGUGCUGCAGCUCCGCCACCACAGAAGAAGAGAGAGGAGGUUCAGGAGAGACGAAGAGAGCGAGGAUGGACGGAACUCAGGAGGCUGCAGCUCCGACCAAUAGGGAGAGAGUCCCAGGGUCAGGUGGUCAACCAGGAAGUGACAACACAGGAGAGUGUGUUUCCUCCAGACCUCCUCCAGACCAGCAGGGGGCAGCAGAGCACAGCGAGAGCGUGGCGUCCCUGAAGGUCACCAUCCAGCAGAGCAGUGAGAGCAGAGAGUUCGGACAGACAGACAGGACGGCUGACAGACAGACAGGUGGACUCCACUGUCACGUCUGUGACCUCACCUGUCGCUCUCUGCAGGUGUUUCAGGAGCACAUGGUGGGAUCAGAACACCUGAGGAAACUGAAGGAGAUCACACAGUCCAUCAGCCUCAGUACACACACACUGCAGGACAGGGGGCGUUGGCCUGACGCACAGCGCUGGUGUGACACCUGUCAGACUCACUUCAGUGGUGAUGUCAUCGUCCAUCGACGGACGAAACAACACAAGAUGUGUAAACAGCUGUGUCGUCCCUUCUGUCCGGUGUGUAAACGUCACUUCAGGACUCCCAGGAAGUUUGUGGAGCACAUGAAGUCUGCAGAGCACAAGCAGCAGGUGCACCAGGAGGAGGCUCAGGAGGAGGAGCUGAUCACAGUGGACGCUGUCGGCUGCUUUGAGGGAGAGGAAGAGGAGGAGGAGGAUGAAGAGGAGGAAGAAGUAGAAGUAGCUGAUGAAGAAGGAGGAGAGGAGGAGAAAGAGGCCGCUGACACACCGGAGACACACACAGAUGAAUAUGACCCUCAGAUCACAUAUGGAAGUAGUUUUGUGGUUCCUGUUUCUGGCUUCCUGUGUCGACUCUGUAACAAGUUCUUCUACAGCGAGACGACAGCACGACACACACACUGCAGGACACACACACACUACCUGAACCUGCAGAGUCACAGAGGAGUUAAGAGGAGGCGUGGAGACGAAGACAGAUCUGCUCUGACCUGAGCUGCUCACACUGUAUCCCACAAUGCAUCUGUGUAUGCAGGUGAUGACAUCAUCCCGCUGUCUACCUGUACCUGUGAGGAUUUCAUUGGAUAAUGACACUGACACCUGCUGGCUGCUGGAGGAACUGCAGCUUGAGCUGAAGUCACAAGUUUAUACUGAAGAGACUGAAACACACACAGCAGUAUUAUGGGAUGCUUAAGGAACAGAGCUCUACAUUAAUGUGUGUGUUUGUUUUUUACCUGGUUAAAGAAGUAAAACUGGGAUUCUACAUUGACUCAGACGUAAAAGUUCCUAUUGUUCAAUGUAAUGUUACAGAACCAAACAAUGGAAGCAAUAAGAGCUGCACAGCUGCCAACAAAUAACAGUUACUGUCAGUUUAUAUUAUAUAUCAGCUGUUUUAUAUCAUUGAUUCUGCCUUUAGAUCAAUAAAAUGUUUCCUUCUGUCCAA